AUGUGGCAGUAUUGGUGUCAAGCCGCCUUGGCGGUCUUGUGCCUGGUGUGGUUGCAUCAGUCGUUGGGAUGCGGCGCGUUAUCGCGCCGCUGCGCGCCGGUUGACGGCUUCGCCUUCCCUGGAGGCGUCUUUUGCUCAACGCCAAGAGGUUACCUGGCUCCACCGUCGCAUUCAUCCGUCCGUUGGAAGCAUGGCUACGCUUUCACUAGGGCUAGUGGCAUCAGUGGUCGGGAUGCGGAUUCGUUAUAUAGACGCAUAACCGCCAACUUGUCCCGCGCCGCUUCGGCCGACGACUCCAGCGUGGAGGCGAUGGGCAUACCGGACUCGCCACUGAAGCCCAAGCCGCUGCCAAUAGACCCGGGUGUACCGCUAGAAAACCAGCCGUUGCCGCCAUGGGCGCUGGAGUUCGUGACGGGCAACGAGGUGCCCAAGGGGCCGUACACCCCAAGGCACUACACCGAAGCGGAGAUCGCCGCUCAUUUCGAGAAGGUUAACGCGGACACGCGAAGCCGUGCAGUGACGCGGCACGUGCAGGAGUCGAAGGGCGCGCCGCUGAAGAGUUACGGCUUCAAGUUCAAGCAGAUACAGCCGGUGCGACACCACAACGGCAGGGCGUUCACGUUCUUCUACGCGCAUUCCCUGCACACUGAUGUCAUCCCCGUGCUCAUGAACAGCUUGAGGCGUGUGGCCAAGCGCCACCUGGGCGCCGGGCGCAUCACGGCGUUGCGCAUCCCGGGGAUGAAAAACGAGUUCUACUCGGUUGUGGGUCUACGCGAGGACUUCUUCGACCUGGCGCGUAACCUGAGCAAUGUGAUAUUCCGCAACGUGCCCUUGACUGCCACGUUCGAGAAGCCGCUCAUCGGACGGCUGCGUUUGAAGGGGCCCAUCAUCGCCGUUGCAGGGCACCUGGAAUUCGACGAGGACGCACAGACCGAGGGCCGAGGUACGAGCUCAGGCUCGGCAGAGGACCGCAAAAUCGAGGUGGUGAACAAGAACCAUUACAUAUGCGCGUUGUCGAAGGACGCAUAUCUCGACAUGGAGGUAAAGAUCGAGUACAUCGCCAACUACGUCAUACCGGAGCGCGGUCCCGAGUCGCUGAAUCGUGACAUCGGCCCUGACGGGUUCAUACAUUUCUGCUCGAGCUGCCUGCCCGUGGAGGUGUUUGCGUUUGACGGCGACCGUCGCGGCAUGGAUGAAGACAGCACAAGCGAGAUUGUGACCCUCGAGCUGCACACCGACGGGUCCACAACACCGCGACUAGCGCUGCUUAACAGCGCCACCUUCCUGGAGCGCUGGUUCGAGCGCACGCUGGAGGCGUUCCACAACGACUGCAAACGCGACCUGGAUGCGCUGGAAGAGUCCAAGCAGUCCAUGCAUAUCGACGAGCUCAUGCACCACGAGCUCUGCCGCAACGUGCCCUGGAACCCGUACCGGCUGCCGGAGGACAGGAGGUCGGCCAAGGCACGCUGGUUCUACCGAAAGGAUGUGCGCCGACAGUACCCCAUCGACCCGGAGUCCAAGCUGGCCAAGGAGGAGCAGCGCAAGGAGUGGGAGGAGGUGCUGGAGAACCAGAUGAAGUACAACGAGCGCAUCGCCCCGAAGCUCGUUGACGACUCCGAGUCGAAGCCUGACCGAUACCUGACGCAUGAGGAAAUCGAGGAGCUGGCGGAAAUGAAGGCGCCGUCUUGGGUCUUCCAGGAUCCGCUGGGAUGUGGUUACCUGGGGCAGGGGGCCGUGCUGGAGUUCGACAAAAACGGGAACCCCCUGGAGUUCCCCAUAGAGUAA